AUGGCGACGCCGGGAGCGAACGGGCCCGCCUCGGCUACGGCCUCGGCUUCCAAUCCGCGUAAGUUCAGUGAGAAGAUCGCGCUGCAGAAGCAGCGUCAGGCCGAGGAGACGGCGGCGGCCUUCGAGGAGGUGAUGAUGGACAUCGGCUCCACCCGGUUACAGGCCCAGAAACUGCGGCUGGCGUAUACAAGGGGCUCCCAUUAUGGCGGUUCUCUGCCCAACGUGAACCAGAUUGGCUGUGGCCUGGCCGAGUUCCAGAGCCCUCUCCACUCACCUCUGGAUUCAUCUCGGAGCACUCGGCACCAUGGGCUGGUGGAACGGGUGCAGCGAGAUCCCCGCAGAAUGGUGUCCCCACUCCGCCGUUACCCCCGCCACAUCGACAGUUCUCCCUACAGUCCUGCCUACUUGUCUCCUCCUCCAGAGUCCGGCUGGCGACGGACAAUGCCCUGGGGCAAUUUCCCUGCUGAGAAGGGGCAGCUGUUUAGACUGCCAUCUGCACUUAACAGGACAAGCUCUGACAGUGCUCUUCACACAAGUGUGAUGAACCCCAGCCCCCAGGACACCUAUCCCAUCCCUACAGCCCCCAGCGUCCCUCCUAGCCGUCGUGGAGGGUUUCUGGAUGGCGAGAUGGAGUCCAAAGUUCCUGCUAUUGAGGAGAACCUGCUAGAUGACAAGCACUUGCUGAAGCCAUGGGAUGCAAAGAAGCUGUCCUCCUCUUCCUCUUCCCGACCUCGGUCCUGUGAAGUCCCUGGAAUUAACAUCUUUCUAUCCCCUGACCAGCCUGCCAGUGUGCCUGCUCUCCCACCUGCCAUGAACACGGGGGGUUCCCUACCUGACCUCACCAACCUGCACUUUCCCUCACCACUGUCUACCCCUCUGGAUCCUGAGGAGACAGCCUACCCGAGCCUGAGUGGGGGCAAUAGUACCUCCAAUUUGACCCACACCAUGACCCACCUGGGCAUCAGCGGGGGCCUGGGUCUAGGCCCAGGCUAUGACGUACCAGGACUUCAUUCACCUCUCAGCCACCCAUCCCUGCAGUCCUCCCUAAGCAAUCCCAACCUCCAGGCUUCCCUGAGCCAUCCUCAGCCCCAGCUCCAGGGCUCCCACAGUCACCCCUCACUGCCUGCCUCCUCCUUGGCCCACAAUGCACUGCCCACCACCUCCCUGGGCCAGUCCUCAUUCAGUGCCCCAGCCCUCUCCUCCUCCUCUUCCUCCUCCUCCACUUCAUCCCCUGUGCUGGGCGCCCCCCCUUACCCAGCUUCUACCCCUGGGGCCUCCCCCCGCCACCGCCGUGUGCCCCUCAGCCCCCUGAGUUUACCCGUGGGCCCAGCCGACGCCAGAAGGUCCCAACAGCAGCUGCCCAAACAGUUUUCGCCAACAGUGUCACCCACCUUGUCUUCCAUCACUCAGGGCGUUCCCCUGGACACCAGUAAACUGCCCACUGACCAGCGGCUGCCCCCAUACCCUUACAGCCCCCCCAAUUUGGUUCUGCCCACCCAGCUCCCCACUCUAAAAUCUCUACAGCAGCCAGGGUUGCCCUCUCAGGCCUGCUCAGUGCAGCCUUCAUGCGGGCAGCCCCCGGGAAGGCAGCCACACUAUGGGACCCUGUGCCCACCUGGUUCUUGUGGGCAUGGGCAACAGUCUUACCAUCGGCCAAUGAGUGACUUCAGCCUGGGAAACCUGGAGCAGUUCAGCAUGGAGAGCCCAUCAGCCAGCCUGGGGCUGGAGCCCCCUGGCUAUUCCGAAGGGCCUGGAUUUUUAGGGGGUGAGGGGCCAGUGGGCGGCCCUCAAGACCCUCAUGCUCUCAACCACCAGAACUUGACUCACUGUUCCCGCCAUGGCUCAGGGCCUAACAUCAUCCUCACAGGAGACUCCUCCCCCGGCUUCUCUAAGGAGAUUGCGGCAGCCCUGGCUGGAGUACCUGGCUUUGAGGUGUCCACAGCUGGGCUGGAACUGGGGCUGGGGCUGGAAGAUGAGCUGCACAUGGAGCCACUGGGCCUUGAAGGGCUCAACAUGCUGAGUGACCCCUGUGCCCUGCUACCCGAUCCUGCUGUGGAGGAUUCGUUCCGCAGUGACCGGCUGCAGUGAGGGCACCUCCUCACCAUCCCUCUUCUUGGCCCUGUCCCUUAUCACUGUCCCUUCCUCCCUUCCCCCCUGGCCAGUAGAGACUCAGCUGUCUGCCCCCAGAUCCUCUUUCUAACAUGAAUGAGGGAUCCCAAGAAUGAAAGAAAGCAAGGGAUUUGUCCAGGUGGCCCCUGAAUUCUGCACUUGGGGUGGGCCUGGGGGAACCCAAGGGAGGGCCUAAAGCACUUGUAACUUUGAACCGUUUAUCUGGAGGCCAGAGCCUGUUGGAAAGCAGGGGGUAGAGGGGAGCCCCGGAGGCAGGGCUUAUCCGGAUGCCUGGGGGUGGGCAGUGCCAGCCCCUCCUUACCACUCUUCCCCUUGCAAUGGAGGAGAGAGCCAGAGUGGAUAUUAUUUUUUAUUAAAUAUAUUAUAUGUUAAUAAAAAAAUCUUACCAAA